CUACCAUCUCCGGAUUCUCUCGGCCAUCGGCACGGUACCGUAUCCAGACGAAGCGACGAGCGCAUCCUUUCCCCCAAACCUCCUCAACUUCGUUCCGAAUGGGCAUGUUUCGCUUUACCAUCACUCACAGGACCGCGUUUUGCCCAUGAUGUCACCAUGCGAGUAGCUUGCGGGGGAUUCGUAAUAUUCAACACUGCAUCCUACUCCACGACUCCAGUCGCGAGAUUGACCUGAUUAACAAACAGAGUCUUUCUCGUUCAGGUCUCGACCUUCUUGCGAAUAUGUGUGAAACGCGAGAGCGAUCAACCGACGUCCACAUGAAUUCCAACGCGAGCACACACCACCCAAACGAAUCUAUUCCCCCUUCCAACAAAAAUCAGUACGAGAGCCACAAGCCCAGCGAACGGCGGGUGUACCAUCCUGCUGCGCCCGCGGAUCGGUCCCAAUGGGCGAUGUGGAUGGGCAACGUCCCCAAGCACGCCGACGAGCAUAAUCUGCAGACGUUCAUCGCCGCACAAAAUCCCGACCACGGUGUGCUAUCCGUGUUUUUGAUCUCGAAAUCGAGCUGCGCUUUCGUCAACUUCGCGAGUGAAGCCCACCUGAAUGCUGCAAUCGAACAGUGUGAUGGCAAACAUUUAGGCCCAGAUUGGGCUCGAGGGCCGCCGUUGGUUUGCCGAGUCCGGACACUCAACGACGACCUUUGGACAGGCGUUGGUGGGCAGCGAGGAGUCGGCCUGCACCGACAGUGGAUCAACAGCCGCAUCGCAGCGGGUGAUGGCAUCGAAGACGCAGAUUCUCCAAGCGCAGCUUCCGACGCCUCGACAACGUCGAGCUUCUUCGAAAAGCACUUUCCGCGGCGAUUCUUUGUGCUCAAGUCGCAGACGACGGAAGAGUUGGAUCGGUGUGUUGAGGAUGGAGUGUGGUUCAUCCAGACACACAACGUGGCUGUUCUGGACCGGGCGUUUCGCACAUCUGAGGAGACAAUCUUGUUCUUUAGCGCCAAUAAGAGUGGCCAGUUCUAUGGGUAUGCCAGGAUGGGGACCUCGGUAGUGACGACGAAUGAUGCUAUUCAUGAUGGUCUGCCACCCAACACGACCGUUGCCGAAAAGUCUGCUAGUCCGGUUACACCGAGCCCGUCGCCGCCCGGUGUCCCCCAGUCAGCGCCCAGUGUGAUGGGUCCCCGGCAUCCAGACUUUCAGCAGUUUUACGAAGCUGGAAAAGACGUUCGUCAACCUAUCAGUCUCGAUAGACUCCUCCAGCGUCAUCAGGACGUCCUUGAAGCUGGAUCGGAACCAGAAGCGGAUGAACAUGCUGAGCCAGAUCCACAGAGUGACAGAGUGUCCGACUACACUGCUCAAAUCACCGUCGAGUGGAUCUGUCCAGAGUCGCUGCCGUUCAAGCGGACGCGGAAUAUUGUCAAUACAUGGAACCGUGACCGCGAGGUCAAGAUUUCGAGGGACGGCACUGAGCUCGACCCAGUCGCAGGAUCAGCGCUUCUGGAGGCAUGGCGACUGCUGCAGGGGGAGAGAAGUCGCCAAAGGGCGUGAUAGUUCGAUGUUCUUCUCUAACCCCGGAUACUACUAGUAGGCUCCCGUGUCGUGAUUCGUUUCCUUUGGUUCUUCUCCCCAGGCUCCAGGUACACAGAGAUAUGCGAGCUGGUAUCUGGACACCCAUCGACUCGGUCAAUCUUAAUGAUACACAGUGUCACAGCUCACCGGUAUCUUCGCAUAUGUCUACUAGACUAGUUUCAUAUCUCACUUCCCGGCAACUACCGGCGAGGACACGCUGUUGCCCUUUUGCUCUGAACUUGAGCCCACGCCGGCUCCUACAGAGCGGCAUUUCCCAGGCGGGGAACUGCCGAGGUCGACAAAUACUGACUGAGGGUGGGACACAUCCAUGCGCGAGGACGGAUUUGGCCUCGGCUCGAGAGGAGGCCCGACAGAGCACAUGAUAUCUAGUAUCGUAGGCCCGAAAUAACCCCAGAUCGUAGAGGGGAGUUUCCUGGCCCCAGUACCGGUACGCAACCAAGAAGCCAAUUGUGCACACUGCGCGCGUGCUGUGCGUGGAUCGAAGUGCUCGAAGAACGCGUCCAGUCUGAAUGCUGCCGCAUAUCUCUUCGUCUUCGAUCAAUCACACGCGUGUUCGUCUGGUCAAAUCCGAUUGUCACCAGCGUCCUUGCCGCCCAAGGCUCAUCCACGAUUUGGCCUGCACUCCGUAGCGCAAGCGUCUGACGGCCCUGAAAAUUCAGUGCGAUCAUACCAAGUACAUAUCCCAAAUACUUUCCUCAACGGAUUCAGCCUGACUGGAUACCCAUCCUGGACUCGGUGAGCCGUGUUGCCCACGGUCUCACUUUUUUCUCGUGCACUCCACAAUCCGAAGUCCAGCGCUUGCACAUUUCCUAGUCAUGAUUACAUCAUACACUACGGGGACCUGGUAAAGAAUAGCUAGCGGACUCUAGCGGACUGCCCCCAGUAGACGCAUUUACGACAUCUCAGAUAGUCAGGGUCUCUGUCCCUGUCUUCGUGUACAGGACACUCCAGCAAUCAAAUCUAUAAAUGGCUGUUUCAGAGACCCCA